GCUCCCUUGCUUCCCUCUCUCCGCCCAACCUCGAUCAGCUCGUCAUUCCUAGGUUUCAUUUCCUUCCCAAAAUCGAUUUCUAGUCCUACUCGAGGAGUUUCUAUCUGACGCUUCCACGGACAGUGAUCUCCUGGCGUUUCCUUCCCGGUAAAUUCGGUUACUCCGAGUCCAUGGCUUCUCAGUAUUUUAACAACUGGUGCUUUGUAGCUUAGGCAUAGUAGACUCUAUGAUAACGAGUCGGACUCGUCAGAGUUUUUCAGAAGUGAAAUCUUUUUAAGAUAACUGUUCAGUGAUACUAUCUUAAGUGGACGAUUUCAGGAUCCUGAAUCUGAGUUUCUCAGUUCGCGUCAGCGCUGACAGCUCGCGAUAGCUCCGUCGAUCCUUACUAAGAAUCAGCAUGCAUCAGCGCCGUCAAUUUGUCAUCAGCAUGCAUCGUCGUCGUCAAUGCUUAUCAGCAUGCAUCAGCAUGGUCGAUGCUUAUCAGCGUGCGUCAGAUUCGUCAACGUGAGCCGAACAGCUCGCAACGUCUUCUUCUUGAUCGCUUGGUGACGACCCGCGUGAAAGAUCCGGCGAGCUUGUGAAGUCCUCGUCAUCUGGCGUGCGACGUUCGCAGGCGACUUGAUUGCGACUUCGUUCUGAUCCGGAAUCUUCAUCACGCCGUCCCUUGGAAGAUGCCGUUACGAUGGAUCAGCUCACCCACGAAAGUCGUCCGUUAAUCGUCAUGCGAAUAUUGGCCGUCAACCGUCACGCGAAGUUCGGCCGUUAAUCGUCAAGCGAAGAACCGUCCGGCGAAGUUCGGCCGUUAAAUGUCACAGAUCGACCGUUAACAGUCAGGCGAAGAUCAUUAAUCGAAGAUCAUUAAGCGAAGAACCGUCAGGCGAAGUUCGGCUUUAAUCGUCACGCGAAUUUCGGCCGUUAAUCGACGUGACGAUCGGCCGUUUUGUUCCGGAAUCUUCAUCAAACGGCCGUCCCAUGGAAAGAAGUCGUUGCGAUGGAUCGGCUCAUCCGCGAAAAUCGGCCGUAGUAAUCGCAACGCGAAGAUCGGCUGUUAAUCGUCACGCGAAGAUCGAUCGUUAUUCGAUCGUUAUUCGACGUGAAGAUCGGCCGUUAAUCGUCAAGCGAAGAUCCGUUAAUCGUCAGGCGAAGUUCGGCCGUUAAUUGUCACGGGUCGACCGUUAAUCGUCAGGCGAAGAUCGGCCGUUAAUCGUCACGCGAAGUUCGGCCGUUAAUCGACGUGAAGAUCGGCCGUUCUGUUCCGGAAUCAAACAGCCAUCCCAUGGAAAGAAGUCGUUGCGAUGGAUCGUCACGCGAAGACCCCCCGAAAAGCCGUUAAUCGUCUCGCGAAGACCGGCCGUUAAUCGUCACGCGAAGAUCCGUUAAUCAUCACGCGAAGACCAGCCGUUAAUCGUCACGCGAAUAUCUGCCGCUAAUCGUCACGCGAAGUUCCGUCCGAUGGAAAGUCGUUGCGAUGGGUCGGCUCACCCGCAAAGACCGUGCAGGCGACCGAGUGGCCGCUAAUCAUCACGCGAACCGUUAAUCGUCAAGCGCAGAUCUGCCGUCAGGCGCCGAGGAUCGGCGCAGAGAUCAACCGUUUUUCCGACGACGUUGUACGACGAGCGCGAGCAUCGCCUCACCUCCCGUUCACCCGACGACCGACUCGAUAAGGGACUGAAGCGAUCGUCUCGACCUUUGACAGUCGGACUGUCGCCGCCGCGUCGUCAUUACCAAAGAGCCACGUCGUCGUUACGUGAGCGCCACGUUUCAGCGUGGAUCGACUCCGAGCGCUACGUUUCAGCGCGGAUCUGAUGGAGCGGAGCAGUUUCAGCAACUCUACUCCUCUUCAAGCGGCGAUUUUCGACUCGCCACUUCGCAAUAGGAUCUUCGCGAUCGUUACUGGGAAGAUUGCGGGUGCGACAACGAGAUCGCUGCUGCGACAACGAGAUCGCUGCUGCGACAAUGAGAUCGCUGCUGCGACUACGAGAUCGCCUCCGCCUCCGCCUCUCCUCCGCCUCUACUCCGUCCAUUCGAUGGGAAAUGCAGUGGGAGACAAUCAGCUGGAGACCAUCGAUGCUGAAACGCGGAAUCGAGUCAACGCCAGCCACUUCCUAACCGGCUAAGUUCCCUCUCUCUCACUCACUCUUUACCCCUCUUCUCCCAUCGCGCCCUGCUCCGUCUCUCCCCUUCCCCCCCUCCCAUCCCCACCUCGCCUUGUCGUUGCUUUUCGAUUCCUCUCUGGAAAUUCGGCCACUGGUUGUAGCGAAACCCGCGGGUCACAGACCACUUACUGCGGUGAAGCCUUCGGUACUUCGGGGUAAUGCCCCAGGGUAAGUCGGUGUGCUAACUAAACAGUCAAGCCUCUGCGACUUCGGGUUUCAGCCCGAGAGUAAGUUUGUACAGUACAGCGGUACUCCCCCCCCCAGCAUGGUUAAGCCCAAUGUAAGUAUUCUGAGCCUAUGGUACUUCGGGGUUUCAGCCCCAGAGUAAGUUUGUACAGCGGGUACUCCCCUCCCCCCGGUCUGUGACUUCGUGGGUGCAGCUGCGACCAGCAGGACCCCCUCCUCCCUCCUCCUUCCUCCUCCUUCCUCCUCCUUCCUCCUCCUUCCUCCUCCUUCCUCCUCCCUCCUCCCUCCUCUUCCUGCUUUCGUUUUAAUCUCGUUUUCGUGCCUUCGCGUUUUCGCUUUCAUCCUCAUUCUUCUGAUUUUUUAGUUCCGGUGCACUCCAAGGAAUCCCCGCUUUGCUUUCGAUUUUGUUUAUUUAGUGCGCACUCCAGCAACUUCCAGUAACUAAUAUCUUCUUUGAAUCUGCCUCUCUUCUGUUCCUCUGCAGGGAAACCUUGAGACAACCAGCAGCGGCAGCAGCAAAACCAGCACCUAUACAACCAGCAGCGGCAGCAGGACCUAUACCAGCAGAGGCGGCAACAGCUGCAGUAGCAGUGGCAGCAGCAGCAGCGGCGGCAGUAGCGGCGGCAGCAGAGAAACCGGCAUCUACACCGGGACAGAUGGCAGCACCAACUGCCACCCACCUUCCCUUCCCAGCAGCCCCUUCCUACCCCGCUCCCUCCAACCCUCCUGGCGUCCCUGUGUGGGGGGAAAGGAGGCUCCCCCACCCUGCCUGGCGCUUCUAUGUGUGUGGGGAACGGUGGCUCCCCCACCCUGCCUGGCGCUCCUGUGUGUGUGGGGAAAGGUGGCUCCCCCACCAUACCUGGCGCUCCUGUGUGUGGGGGGGAAGGUCGCUCCCCCACCCUGCCUGGCGCUCCUGUGUGUUUGGGGGAAGGAGGCUCCCCCACCCUGCCUGGUGCUCCUGUGUGUGUGGGGAAAGGUGGCUCACCUUCUCCUCUGCCUGGCUGCAAAGGAGAAGGAGGGGAGGUCAGCUGCAGAGGAGAAGGACGGGCUACCAGCAGAGACUUCCUCCACGCUCCCUUCAACGCUCCUGGUGCCAACUCUCCUCGGGUGACCUGCUACCAGCAACAACUGCUGCCACCCUCCCAGCUCACCCGACGCGCCCCUGACACCCCCCGGACGCCUCUCCUCCGCCUCUCCUCUGCCUCUACUCCGCCUCUCCUCCGCCUCUCCUACGCCUCUCCUCCGCCUCUAGUCCGCCUCUAAUCCACCUCUCCUCCGCCUCUAAUCCGCCUCUUCUCCGCCUCUACUCCGCCUUUUACUCCGCCUCCGCCUCUCGUCUGCCUCACCUUCUCUUCUCCACCGCCUUCCUGCUGGGAGACAAUCGGUGGGAGACAAUCGACCGGUGGGUGACGACCGGCGCGAGACGCAGCCGUGACGCUGGUCAAGGGCGUGGAUGGAAACGAGUCAACGCCAGCCACUUCCUAACCGGCUAAGUUCCCUCUCUCUCACUCACUCUUUACCCCUCUUCUCCCAUCACGCCCUGCUCCGUCUCUCCCCUUCCCCCCCUCCCAUCCCCACCUCGCCUUGUCGUUGCUUUUCGAUUCCUCUCUGGAAAUUCGGCCACUGGUUGUAGUGAAACCCGCGGGUCACAGACCACCUACUGCGGUCAAGACUUCGGUACUUCGGGGUAAUGCCCCAGGGUAAGUCGGUGUGCUCACUAAACAGUCAAGCCUCUGCAACUUCGGGUUUCAGCCCCGGAGUAAGUUUGUACAGUACAGCGGUACUCCCCCCCCCAGCAUGGUUAAGCCCAAUGUAAGUAUUCUGAGCCUAUGGUACUUCGGGGUUUCAGCCCCAGAGUAAGUUUGUAACAGCGGGUACUCCCCUCCCCCCGGUCUGUGACUUCGUGGGUGCAGCUGCGACCAGCAGGCCCCCCUCCUCCUUCCUCCUUCCUCCUCCUUCCUCCUCCUUCCUCCUCCCUACGCCUCCCUCCUCCCUCUUCUUCCUGCUUUCGUUUUAAUCUCGUUUUCGUGCCUUCGCGUUUUCGCUUUCAUCCUCGUUCUUCUGAUUUUUUAGUUCCGGUGCACUCCAAGGAAUCCCCGCUUUGCUUUCGAUUUUGUUUAUUUAGUGCGCACUCCAGCAACUUUCCAGCAACUAAUAUCUUCUUUGAAUCUGCCUCUCUUCUGUUCCUCUGCAGGGAAACCUUGAGACAACCAGCAGCGGCAGCAGCAAAACCAGCACCUAUACAACCAGCAGUGGCAGCAGGACCUAUACCAGCGGAGGCGGCAACAGCUGCAGUAGCAGUGGCAGCAACAGCAGCGGCGGCAGUAGCGGCUGCAGCAGAGAAACCGGCAUCUACACCGGGACAGAUGGCAGCACCAACUGCCACCCACCUUCCCAGCAGCACCUGCCUACCCCGCUCCCUCCAACCCUCCUGGCGUCCCUGUGUGGGGGAAAGGAGGCCCCCCCACCCUGCCUGGCACUUCAGUGUGUGUGGGGAAAGGUGGCUCCCCCACCCUGCCUGGCGCUCCUGUGUGUGUGGGGAAAGGUGGCUCCCCCACCAUACCU